AGAGAGAGAGUCUCCAGGUUCCAGGCACUGCCUCCACUUCUGAAAGGUUUUGGAAAUCUCUUGUCUCCAGGUUGCUGGAAUUGACUUCUUGCUCAACUGAGUCACUCACUCAAUGGAGACAAAGAGAACUAAGGCUUUGUGCUGACUCAUAUUUGAAUCAAAGCAUUGAGGAGUCUGUCUGCCUUGUUUGUGGAGAGAACCAGUGAUCAUCUCUCCCACUGAGCUUCCUAAGACUUCUGAAGAUAAGAAGUUAGAGGAAUAUACACUUUCUUUUGAACUUUUAUAGCAAAUAUUUGCUCUAGUUUUGAAGCCCAGGGCUGCUGGGAGUGUGAGUGACAAGUCUUACAAGUGGCCUUAUUCCAACUCCAGAAAUUCCUCAGCCGGAUUCUUAUUUUGUAUACAAUCCUAACGUGACAGGCAACAUGCCAACUCAGUCCCUCUUGGUGUAUAUGGACGGACCAGAAGUUAUUGGCAAUUCUCUUGGCACCCAAAUGGAGAUUGAUGAUGCCAUGUCAAUAAAAGCGAGUGCCACUGUUCCUUUCAGAGCUACCCAAGAGAAAAAUAUAAUCCAGAUAGAAGGGUAUAUGCCCUUGGACUGCAUGUUUUGCAAUCAGACCUUCACACAUUCAGAAGACCUCAAUAAACAUGUCUUAAUGCAGCAUCGGCCUAUCCUUUGUGAACCAGCAGUUUUGCGUGUUGAAGCAGAGUAUCUUAGUCCUCUUGAUAAAAGUCAAGUGAGAACAGAAGCGCCAAAGGAGAAUAAUUGCAAAGAAAAUGAAGAAUUUAGCUGUGAAGUAUGUGGGCAGACAUUUAGAGUUGCUUUUGAUGUUGAGAUCCACAUGAAGAAACAUAAGGACUCUUUCACUUACGGGUGUAACGUGUGUGGAAGAAGGUUCAAGGAGCCGUGGUUUCUUAAAAAUCACAUGCGAACACAUACUGGCAAAUCGGGGGCCAAGGGCAAACUGCAGCAGGGCUUGGAGAGUCCAGUCACAAUCAACGAGGUCGUACAGGAACAUGCAGCCGAGAGCAUCUCAUCGCCUUACAAAAUCUGCAUGGUUUGUGGCUUCCUAUUUCCAAAUAAAGAAAGUCUAAUUGAUCACAGGAAGAUGCACACCAAAGAAACUGCUUCCGGUACCAGCAACACACAAACAGACUCUCAGCAGGAGGGAAUGCCAUCUCCGGGGGAAGAGUUCCUGCAGUUUUUUAACUUAAGACCAAAAUCUCACCCCGAAACCAUGAAGAAGCCCGCAAAAUGGAUACCUCAGCUCGAUCCAUUCACCACCUAUCAGGCUUGGCAGCUGGCUACCAAAGGAAAAGUUGCCGUUUGCCGAGAAGUGAAGGAACAACCCGGGCAGGAAGGAAGCACUGACAAUGACGAUUCAUGUUCAGAAAAAGAAGAGCUCGUCGAAAUUUGGAACUCGAGUAAAAGCCAUUCUGAAGGUUCUGGAAAGUCCAAAACAAGUAAAAGUGGUUGUACAGGCCUCUCACAAGAUAAGGAGAAGCCUAGACACUCCAACGGUGAAGUGCCUUCCAUGGAUGCAGACCCCAAGUUAUCUAGUAACAAAGAGAAGCCCACGCAUUGCUUUGAAUGUGGCAAAGCUUUCAGAACCUACCACCAGCUGGUCCUGCACUCAAGAGUACACAAGAAAGACAGGAGGACGGAUGCCGAAUCACCAACCAUGUCAGUCGAUGGAAGGCAGCCUAGGACGUGUUCUCCAGACCUAACCACCACCCUGGAUGAAAAUGGAGCCAUCGAUCGUGAAGGUGGUUCUGAAGACGGAUCUGAGGAUGGACUUCCAGAAGGGCUCCAUUUGGAUAAAAAUGAUGAUGGAGGAAAAAUAAAGCAUCUUACAUCCUCAAGAGAAUGUAGUUAUUGUGGAAAGUUUUUCCGUUCAAAUUAUUACCUCAAUAUUCAUCUCAGAACGCAUACAGGCGAAAAACCAUACAAAUGUGAAUUUUGUGACUAUGCUGCAGCCCAGAAGACCUCUCUGCGGUAUCACCUGGAGAGACAUCACAAGGACAAGCACAUGGAUAUCGCCAGCGAAGUCAAGAAUGAGGGGAAGAACCAGGAGACCGAAGAGGCACUGCUAACCGCUGACAGUGCGCAGACCAAAAAUUUGAAAAGAUUUUUUGAUGGUGCCAAAGAUGUUAAAGGCAGCCCACCGGCAAAGCAACUUAAGGGGAUGGCCCCUGCCUUUCAGAAUGUUCUGGGCAGCGCUGUCCUCUCGCCAGUCCACAAAGAUACUCAGGAUUUCCAUAAAAAUGCAACCGAUGACAGUGCUGACAGAAUGAGCAAAACUCCAGCCCCUGCUUACUUGGACGUGUUAAAAAAGAAAUCAGCAGUUGAACCUCAGGCAAAUAACCUUCUCCGUAGAGAAGAAGUGGGUGUUACUCCACACGCAGACAGCAGUGCCCCCCAAAAUGUUGACGUUGGCCACAAAGAGAAGAAAGUGGAGAUGGCAGCGGACUGCAAGUACAAGCCCAGCGCGGACUGUCAAGAAAAGCCUUUAAAUUUGUCCCUGGGGGCUCUUCACAGUUGCCCAGCAAUUUCUUUGAGUAAAAGUUUAAUCCCAAGCAUCACUUGCCCAUUUUGUACCUUCAAGACAUUCUAUCCGGAGGUUUUAAUGAUGCACCAGAGACUGGAGCACAAAUACAACCCCGACAUUCACAAAAACUGUAGAAGCAAGUCUCUGCUCAGAAGUAGACGGACCGGGUGCCCCCCGGCUUUACUGGGGAAAGAUGUGCCUCCCUUGCUGAGUUUCCAGAAGCCCAAGGCCAAGCUUGCCUUCCCCGCGCAGCCCAAGUCCCUGCCGUCGGAGAAAGUGAGGCCGGGCCCCCCGGGCCCGGGCAAAGCCCCCGUGAGUGCGGGGCUGGACGCCAGCCCUCUGGCUGCCAGUGACCUGAAGGCCCACAGGCCCCAGCCGGGAGCCGGGGCGCGGCCGGCGGCGGAGGCGCUCCCCAGGCGUGGCUGCUGUGGGGUGGGGGUGGAAAGAAAGGUGGAGGACCAGGGGUCUGAUCCGUGCUUGUCCCCGCUGGGGCGAUGUCGGGUGUCACUGAGGCCCGGAGAGGCCCGGCUCAGCUCCCUGCGCCGCGCUCUGCUGUCCUCCUUGGCACGUGUGUGGUGUGCCCACACUCGAUCCCAGCCUCGCCUGGGAAUUGGGGUUUGGGUGCUUCUGUCCGUGUCUCACCGCCCCUCCUAG